AGCCAUUUUGGCUCAGAGCCUGCUUGCCUCCCGUGCGGCGGGCCGCGGUCAUGGCCGACCCGAUGGCGUCGGCACUCCUCGAGGCGGUGGUUCGUGCCGGCGGAUCUCGGCAGGUGGUGGCGGCGGUCGCGGUCGGCCUCUGGCGCGCUGCCCGGGCUGAGGUGGGCGGUGGCCCGCUCGAGGACAAGGAUAUCGAGGCGGAGGUGCAGGCGCGUGUCCAGCGCAUCCAGCCCGUCCUGAGGGCGAAGGUCGAGGCAGCGGCCCAAGGCAAAAUGCCGUGCGUCGACGGCGGCGUCCUGGCGAUGCGCAACGUGGCCGAGCACGACAUGUUCGGGGAGGGGGCCGAGGCGCUCCCCAAGACAGGCCUGGAAGCGAAGAGGCGCCAGCGUCAUGGGCGCAGGCGGGCCGCCAAGCUGGACAGCUCGUCGGUCUCGGAGGUUGAGGUGGACGACGGCAAGAAGUUCCAGCUGGAGAAGCAGAGCUUGGUCUCGGAGAUCCUGGUCCAGAGGAUGGAGUCGAUCGAGAAGGCGGUCAAGAGCAUUCUCGACGGCUCGGUGAAGAUCCCGUGCGAGGGACAGUGCGACCUCGGGAACACGAAGGAGGUGCUUGAGGGCAUCGCCAACCUCAUCGACCCGCAGGAGAUGUACCAGGACGACCAGCUGGCGAAGAAGAACGAGGCCCAGAAACAGAACAAGUGCGAGGCGCCGUACGCCAAGGAGAAACAGUUCUUCGAGGGCUGGGGGGACCCCCAGGAGCUGCAAGACCUCCAGCACACCCAGGAGGAGAAGGACCUCUCGGCUCCGGUGCUGGCGGCCGCAGUCAAGGUUCACUACCUCCAAGAGCAGCUGGCGAAGGCGGAGCAGGCCUUACAGGAGGCCGCGGAGUGCGCCUACGAUUCGAGGUUGAGGCCCAAGGACUAGGCCAGCAGUCGGUUCAAGCAAGGUAAGCCUUGGACACUACAUACGUGGCGCUCGUCUUGUUCGGGUGGCCACGCGCGUGACAGCAGCGCUGAGGCGCGGGCCGCCGUUUGGCGGCGGGAGUGCGCUAGUGGAGCACGCGUCGGCGGCGCUCGGCUGGCACGGGGCGUGGGCUCCCAGGUGGCGGAAGUGGCAGCCGCGCCACCCUGGGGAGCCCAAGGAAGAGGACAGUGUCCGCUAUCAGAGUCUCCAGAG